AAUGGACCAAUAAUUUCAUGCAGUAAAAGUAAAGUUUAUUGUUUUAUGACACAAGCUUUGAAUGUGGACCUGUGAAGACAAAUCGCAGAGCAGCUGCAUAAAGUGCAUGUUGUGGGACAGCGCAAUGGACUCUUCGGAGAUAGAAGGCCGCACUUUUAUGCAGGCGAUCAGUGAGAAGUACAGUCCAGAGAACUUUCCUUGCCGUCGGGGUCCAGGCAUGGGGGUUGUGGUUGUGCCAUCUGGACCACAGGGAUCACCGAUGAAAGACCGCCUGAACCUGCCCAGCGUGCUGGUCUUGAACGGCUGUGGAAUUAGUCAUGCAGGAGACCAGGGGGAAAUCGCUGCCUUCUGUGCUCACGUAGUAGAACUUGAUCUGUCCCACAACAAGCUUCAAGACUGGCACGAGAUCAGCAAGAUUGUUUCCAAUGUCCCAAACCUGGAGUUCUUAAACCUUAGCUCUAAUCAGCUGAGUGAUGCAGUCUUGGAUCCGGACUGUGCUAAGGCCUUUUCUAGCAUCCGCAGAUUCGUUCUUAACAAUACCCAAGUGUCCUGGGACACAGUACAUACUUUCACGCAAGAGAUGCCUGAGUGAGUAUCUUCUGCAAUUUUUGCAUUUUUCAUAAAUACAAAAUGAACAUGAAAACGGUAUGUAGUUUUAGAUUUAUGUUUUAUACAAAGUACUAAAAGUUUAUAUAUACAAAAGUACAAAAGUACAAAAGUACAAAGUUUAUAUAUACAAAGUACUAAAAUGGCUGUUUACGUAAAAUCCUAGGACAAAAAUGUCACAGUUGACAGCCCUCAAAAAAGUUGCAUUGAUGUAUAAAUCACAUUGGUGUACAUUUUAUUAUUUAAUUAAUACAAAUAAUUAAAUAUAAAUCUGGUAAUCCUAUAUAAUAUCAAAUGUUUAAAAUUCUAAACAUGUCCUUCACUUGGCAAUAAAUCUGUUCAAUUUAAUAUUACUCAGAACAGAAAAGAGACUGAAAAAAUGUAAGUAUAAAAGAAGCUGAAAUUUACGGUGAGAUUUGUUAUAAACCACAUUCAUCAGAAAUAUCAGUCUAAAUGAUUUAAAGUGAAAGUGAAACUAGCAGCAUGUGUGAAAUGCACUGUAGUUGCAGCUCAUUUCAGAUGAUUUAAAUGUGUUAUAUCCAGGCUAGAGGAGCUGUUUCUGUGCCUUAAUGAGUACACCACUGUGACCCUGGCCGCCAUGCCCUGCCCCACACUGCGUCUGCUCCACAUCACAGAUAACAACCUCCACGAGUGGAACGAAGUACGGAAAAUUGGCUCCAUGUUCCCAGCACUGGACACUCUGGUCAUGGCCAACAACAACCUGAACAGCAUUCAGGAGUCAGGAGAAAUCCUUCACCGCCUGUUCCCUAAUCUUCGAAGCAUCAAUCUGCAUAACUCGGGUACCAUUGUGUUGUUGAUAGAGAGUGUAGAAGAGUCUAAAGUCGUAAGAAUACAUGGAUCUUUAUUUGUAUGCUAAGCUAUGUUUUUUUAUGUUUUGUUUUGUAUAUUUUGUUUAACAGUAACAAUGUAUGAGCGUCUCAAACAUUCUUGUUUUUGCACUAAAUAGUUUAUCCGCAAAGUGUCAACACUGAACAAGGCCUUUGUUUCAGAGUUGGAAAAGAACAACAUCAUACAUCUGAAGAUGGCAUAAACAGUAGAUGUACUUUAAAGGGCUGUGUAUUUACUGUGCAUGUAUGUAAAAAAAAAAA